AACACACAAUACAAACUCCCUUCUUCCUUCCUUGUAUAUUCGACGCUCCUUCACUACCACACUUCAAUCAGGUUUAUUGCCUUACAGAAGUUUCCUUGUUAUCAGCUGGACGGAGCUCUGUUAGUAAUAAUGGGCAGUACGUUUAAUCCACAAAUUUUGGUGGAGAAGCUGGCCAAGCUCAAUAGUUCACAGCAGAGCAUUGAGACCUUGUCACACUGGUGUAUUUUUCAUAUGAACAAGGCAAAACAAGUUGUUGAAACAUGGGCUAGGCAAUUCCGCUGUUCCCCACGUGAUCAGCGUCUAGCUUUUCUCUAUCUUGCAAAUGAUAUACUGCAGAAUAGUAGGCGAAAGGGUUCAGAGUUUGUUGGUGAAUUCUGGAAGGUUCUUCCAGAUGCACUCCAUAAUGUGAUGGAUAAUACAGAUGAAUCUGGAAGGAAUGCUGCAUUACGCCUGGUCAGGAUUUGGGAGGAAAGAAAAGUUUUUGGUUCUCGGGGGCAGAUUCUUAAGGAAGAACUUGCCGGAAGGCACCUAGAAACUAGUAACAAAAAUGAGAAGCAUUCAGGGUUAAAAUUGCAACACUCUGCUGGAAAUGCAUUGGACAAGAUAGUUUCAGGAUAUCAAAUUAUUUAUGGUGGUCAACUAGAUGAAGAUGCUAUGAUCAGCAAAUGCAAAAACACUAUUAGCUGUAUUGAAAAAGUGGAGAAGGAAAUUGGUGGUGAUUUGAGAUCUGGAAAAAUAUCAGCACAAGUGAAUGUGGAAGACUUCAAGGGACAUCAUUCUACAUUGAGGGAUUUUAUUGAGCAACUUUCAGCUGUGGAGUCAUCAAGAAUUAAUCUUAUUUGUCAUCUGCGGGAGGCUCUUCAAGAACAGGAAAUGAAGCUGGAUCAAGUCCGUAAUGAACUUAAGGCUGCACAUACCCAAUCAGAAAAGGCGGAUAAUUUGUGCAGGCAAUUGCUAAAUCCUGGUGUUACCAAGUUACUCCCUGAGCAGGGUACAAACACCUCCAAAGUGCUGCCCAAUUACGGAGAACAAUCAGCACCAGUAAUGUACACACGACAAAUUCCUGUAUCUGAGCAAUCCGAGGAGAAUACUAAAUCUGCAGCAGCUGCAGUGGCUGCAAAGCUCACUGCAUCAACCUCUUCAGCUGAGAUGCUGUCAUUUGUUCUCUCUUCCUUGGCAUCCGAGGGUGUGAUAAGUAGUAAUUCAGUGAAAGAGAAGGAAUAUCCUCCUGAAAAGAGAGCCAAGAUUGAUCAGAAUGAUGUGAAAGUUCCCCCGGUGGCUGAGCAACAACCACCUCUACCAUCAUGUCCGCCACCGUUGCCGCCAAUGCCCCCCAUGGUGCCAUUGUAUCCGGUGCCACCAUUCAUGCAGACGGCUGGGUCAGUAGCAUAUGGGUAUAACACAAACCAACAAGCACCAAGGGCCUUGCCAGGGUAUCCGAGUGUGGGAGCACCGGUAAUCAACAGUGGGUCUUCAUACACAUGUCCACCUCCACCAAAGGGGUACCAGAAUUAUCAAAUAGAAGGUGGGUUCUGUAGCCAGCCAACGACACCAAUUUCCAGACAGUAGACAGAAGAAAGACAUUUUAAACGAUAGAGAAGGUAGAAUUAGUUAUGGAAAUGUUGUAUACUUGGGAACUAGUCACUUGAAGAUUAUUUAGUUUAUUGAA